CCGUCCAACAAGUCUUUCAAGGUGAAGCGCAUUCUGGGCAAGAAGCAGAAGCAAAACCGCCCCAUUCCUAACUGGAUUCGCUUGCGCACGGAUAACAAAAUCCGAUACAACGCGAAGCGUCGUCACUGGCGCCGCACCAAGCUCAACCUUUAA